CCGCGUUGGUACCGAGUGCGGCCGCGCCCCUCGCCUGGAUUCUAUAUAUCUUUACAACAUUUCAUCAGGUGUCGGCGGCCCAGUGUGACAGCAACGCGCACUUAAACCAAUCACUAACUAACCAUCCCUUGUAAAUAACGUUGUGUAUAGUGUAAAUACUGUGUAUAAAUAACCCAAAAUAAACCAAGUGCGGGGUGAUGGGGGGCGACACGGAAGAGACUAGGGCGACAUAAUGUUCCCGGUGAGGUUGCCGGGGGCGCUGCCGCCGCAGGUGCAGGCCCACCAGAGGCAGCUGGCGGCCCAGCGGCAGGCGGCGGCGGCGGCAGCGGCGGGGGCGGCAGCGGGCUCGGGGGCGGCGGUGGCGGGCCCCUCGGGUGGACCGGCCGGCAGUAAACCCCAAGUAAAGGUACAAGUCCGACCUUUCACUCGCGAAUCGCUAGACAAGCAUGAGAGCAAGACCGUGCAACUGGUGAGGGACUACGGGUUCCAGCCGAGACGUAAACUCAGUGUAGAGGACGGCUCUGUGCUCCCCUGCAAGUUUGAGCCGUUUCCCGCCCGUCUCUACGGCAGGCCGCUUGAGGAAAUCGACAACUUCAUCUAUGACGAGACGUUCUGCGUGGUGUCUAAACGGUUCCGAAAGAACUACAUCCACCGGUUCACGGCCACCAGUUCCUUCUUCCUGUUCUCACCCUGGAACACGAUCCGCCGCACCUGCAUCUUCCUGUCCACCAAUCAGUACUUCGACUAUGUCGUCAUGGCCACCAUCCUGCUCAACUGCGUCUUCCUUGCCAAGACCGACCCAGUCGAAGAGGCCGAGUAUAUCUUCCUGGCCAUCUACACGGCGGAGAUGAUCAUCAAGUCGAUAGCGAAGGGGUUCAUCCUGAACAAGUACACGUACCUGCGCAACCCCUGGAACUGGCUGGACUUCGUGGUCAUCACUUCCGGAUACGCGACCAUCGGCAUGGACGUUGGCAAUCUCGCAGGCCUUCGGACUUUCCGGGUGCUCAGGGCGCUCAAGACUGUCUCUAUCAUGCCAGGGUUGAAGACGAUCAUCAACGCUUUGCUUCACUCGUUCAGACAGUUGGCCGAGGUUAUGACGCUAACGAUCUUUUGCCUGAUGGUGUUCGCGCUGUUCGCACUGCAGGUCUACAUGGGAGAAUUGCGGAAUAAAUGCGUUCUGUCGCCGAAUAUUAAGAACAUCACCCAUGAAGAAUGGAAAGAAUGGGUAACUGACGAGGAGAAUUGGAUGAAGGAUGAGGAGCUGGGAGAGCCAGUCAUCUGCGGCAAUGUUACGGGAGCAAGGCACUGUCCUCGUAACUACACGUGCUACAGAGUGGGUGAGAACCCCAACCAUGGCUAUACCAACUUUGAUAACUUCCUCUGGUCCAUGCUCACUACCUUCCAGCUCAUCACCCUAGAUUAUUGGGAAAACGUGUAUAAUAUGGUCCUGGCGUCGUGUGGACCACUUAGUGUUGUAUUUUUUACCGUUGUUGUAUUCUUUGGAUCCUUUUAUUUAAUAAAUUUAAUGUUGGCUGUGGUAGCUUUAAGUUAUGAAGAGGAAGCAGAAAUCACAAAUGAGGAAAGGAGGAAAGACUUGACGGAUCACAGAGACGACUCGACGUUUAGUUUCGACCCGUCGAACAUCCCUGUGAAAACGUUAGAGAAAUGCAAUAGGAAGAAGAUAGACUCAAGAAAGGGAGUUCUGCUGUCCUCCUACUCUAGGAAGAAGACAAGGAGACGGAAGAGGCGAGGAGGGGUGUCGGGGGCUGGAGUGGAGACGUCGACCGCAGGCAGUCGUAGUGUCACACCGAGCCCCCGACACAGCUUCGCCGAGCCCGUCGCUUCCCCUCCACCUCCACCACCCCUGCCACCUCCAGUAGUGCCAAACCCUGAUACCCUGCACCCAGGUCGAAUCAACCGAGGGCAGCUGAGCAGCCGACAAGGCAGCAGCAACAACAGUGACGGGAACAACAGGGAGUCCUCCCUGGACGACUCGGGGGUGGUGGACGACCACGAGGAGGCUGAUGGCACAUCAGAGGAUGUCACUAACUUACUGUUGCACUCUCUUGGUCAGCAAAAGGUGGAUCCAGUGACAGUACCACCCUUACCCACCCACAGAGAGAAGGAGGUCAAGGUCAUCAAGUGCAAUGGAGUCAGUCCUCUACACACAGUACAAAAGCCGCCAGUGUACACGUUGCCUUCAGCAGACUAUAUGUCUCAAGUUGUAGUAUUAGAUGAUCUAGUAGAUCGAAACUGUGAUAAGUGCAUAGAAUGCUGUGUGGACUACGAGGGGUGGUUGAGGAUCCAGAACUGCCUGUACAAAGUGGUCAGAGACCCGUUGUUUGAGCUGCUCAUCACACUCUGCAUCAUACUCAAUACAAUGUUCCUCGCCACGGAACAUCACGGCAUGAGUGAGAAUAUCCGCAGUGCACUAGACAUAGGAAAUAAAGUUUUCACCUCAAUAUUUACUCUUGAAUGCACUCUGAAACUGAUGGCUCUGAGCAAAGAGUUUUUUGCUUGUGGUUGGAAUAUAUUCGAUCUUAUUAUUGUUUCUGCUAGUCUUCUCGAUCUUUCCUUUGAGUUAGUUGAUGGUCUGUCAGUGCUACGAGGCCUCAGACUGUUAAGAGUUUUGAAGUUAGCACAGUCCUGGACGACGAUGAAGGUGUUAUUAAGUAUCAUUAUUUCUACAAUUGGAGCCCUUGGAAAUUUGACAUUUGUGUUAGUUAUUGUAAUCUAUAUAUUUGCUGUGAUUGGAAUGCAACUUUUUUCAAAAGACUAUACAGCUGAAAAAUUUGCUCCAGACCCCGUGCCAAGAUGGAACUUUUCAGACUUUUUUCAUUCAUUUAUGAUGAUUUUUCGAAUUUUGUGUGGUGAAUGGAUUGAGCCCCUUUGGGACUGCAUGAGAGCAGAAAAAAUUGAAGGCCCUGGUACUUGCUUUGCUAUUUUUCUACCCGCUUUGGUGAUGGGCAAUUUCAUGGUUCUCAACCUCUUCUUGGCCUUGCUGCUCAACAGUUUCAAUUCCGAGGAACUGAAAUCUAAAAAAGAGGAAGUAGGUGAAGAGUCCAAGAUCGCUAGGAGUUUUGAAAGGAUCAAAUCAAUAAUAGCAAAAAACAAACGGAAAAGGAAAGAACUGGCUGAGAAGAACGAGAAUGAAAAGAACUUCAGGCUAGAAGAGCUAGUGAAAGAAGUUGUAGCACAGAAAAAGGACUGUGGCGUCCAAGAAACUGCCAUCUGUAACUCACCAAGAGAUAGCGCAAGGUACACAGAUGACCGAGCAUACUGCCAGACUAUACAGCAAGUAAUGGAGGGGAAGUCCCGGGUCGACCUACAGUGUUACCAACAAAAUACACCCAGCAGUCAUAGCACACCUCAGCGCAACUCAGGGUAUUACGAAGUGGCUUCCCCACCCACCCCAAGACUACAUGUCGAGGUCUGCAAGACACCUUCUCCGCUGUGUGAAGUGAUACCUCUUCACGGAGAUGAGGUGAAGGUGCAGAUAGAGGAAGACUCAGAGGAGGAGCGGAAGGAGAUAGACAUCAAAGAGGACGAGUUGUACACGAGCAUAAUGGCAGAGGCUAUGAGUUUCGCUCCCACUCUGUCAGCCCCAGACUUGGACCUGCCCUCUGUAGAUGACUCGCCCAAGUUUGUAGAACGAAGACGUUCCCUCUCCUCCCCUGUCAACACUCUCCAUAGGCGGUCCUACCAGCUGGCAACUAGAAGGGAGAGUUCAGAAGAUGAGUGCCUGAAGAAGAGAGACUCUUGUUGUCAAGAUUCCGAAAGUCAAAAAGGAAGUCAGAAAGAAGCCACUCCUCCAAACAAAAAAAAACCUUGGCUAACCCUUGUUUCUUAUGUUGAUGAACUUACAGUUGGUGGCAGAAGAGACUCUCAGGGGAAUUUCGUGGAUGGAAUUGGAAGUUUUCCAGGCUUUGGACACAAUAAGACUGUUAAAGUGCCCCAGGAUUGUUUUCCCCAACACUGUUAUCAAAGGUCCCCCUGCUGUGAUGACUGUAUGAACUCAUGUCUGGGUGUAUGGUGGCUCGGAGUCCGAACCUCUGUACUGGAGGUGGUCGACACUCCCGUGUUCGAAUGGGUCAUUCUGGUCCUCAUCUUCGCCUCCAGUAUCACCCUUUGCUUCGAGGACAUUUACCUCGAUAAGAACGUCUUCCUCAAGAACAUUCUCUACUGGACAAACUUCGGCUUCUGUCUACUAUUCACCGUAGAAAUGAUGCUCAAAUGGGUGGCGCUCGGGUUUUACAGAUAUUUCACUAGCUUUUGGACAACUUUAGAUUUUGUAAUAGUUUUUGUAUCAAUAUUUAGUUUGUUAAUAGAAGAAAAUGAGAACCUCAAAGUUCUAAGGUCGCUAAGAACGCUUAGAGCACUGAGACCUCUUCGAGCAAUCUCCAGAUGGCAAGGAAUGAGGAUAGUCGUGAACGCACUGAUGUAUGCAAUUCCCUCUAUCUUCAACGUGCUCCUUGUUUGUUUGGUUUUUUGGCUCAUAUUUUCUAUUAUGGGUGUUCAAUUUUUUGGAGGGAAGUUCUUUAAAUGCGUAGACGACGAUGGGGAUCUACUUCCUGUUUCUGUUGUGAGAAAUAUCCAUGACUGCAAAUACAAUAAUUUUACAUGGAUCAACUCCAAAAUUACCUUUGACAAUGUUGGAAACGCUUAUUUAGCCCUUUUUCAAGUGGCCACAUUCGAGGGAUGGAUGGAAGUAAUGGCUGAUGCUGUGGAUGCUAGAGGAGUUGAUGAACAGCCUGAAUACGAGGCCAAUCUUUAUGCCUAUAUUUAUUUUGUCAUAUUUAUAGUUUGUGGCUCCUUUUUCACGCUUAAUUUGUUCAUAGGAGUAAUUAUAGACAAUUUUAAUAUGCUCAAGAAAAAGUAUGAAGGUGGUGUGCUGGAAAUGUUCCUAACCGAAAGCCAAAAGCAUUACUACACAGCGAUGAAGAAGCUGGGGAGAAAGAAGCCACAAAAAGUUAUAAAAAGGCCCAUUAAUCAGUUCCUAGCUAUGUUUUAUGAUUUAUCAAAUUCCAGAAGGUUUGAAAUUGUAAUAUUUGUAUUAAUUUUCCUAAACAUGUUAACAAUGGGCAUAGAGCACUACAAUCAGCACCAUGCUAUAUUUUUUGUGUUGGAAGUGAGCAAUGCCUUCUUCACUACUGUCUUCGGUCUCGAGGCGAUGGUGAAAAUAAUAGGAUUAAGGUAUCACUAUUUCACAGUGCCAUGGAACAUGUUUGACUUCCUACUAGUAUUAGCAUCAAUUCUGGGCAUACUUAUGGAGGACAUUAUGAUAGAUUUUCCUGUGUCUCCCACGCUAUUGAGGGUUGUUAGAGUCUUCCGAAUCGGCCGCAUUUUGAGGCUCAUAAAGGCUGCUAAAGGAAUUCGUAAGUUAUUGUUUGCGCUGGUGGUAUCGCUGCCAGCUUUGUUCAACAUCGGAGCGUUGUUAGCGCUCAUCACUUUUAUCUAUGCCAUCAUUGGGAUGUCUGUGUUUGGCCAUGUGAAACAACAGAGAGCUCUCGAUGACAUGGUCAACUUCACUACGUUUGGUCGUAGCAUGCAGCUUCUCUUUAGGCUAAUGACAUCAGCAGGAUGGAAUGAUGUACUCGAGUCACUGAUGAUUCAGCCACCUGACUGUGACCCGACAUUCAAUGACCAGCCCAAUGGCAACUGUGGCCAUCCACUGCUUGCAAUCACUUACUUCACCAGCUUUAUCAUCAUCAGCUACAUGAUUGUCAUCAACAUGUACAUCGCCAUCAUCCUAGAGAACUUCAACCAGGCUCACCAGGAGGAGGAGAUAGGCAUAGUUGAAGACGAUCUAGAGAUGUUCUACAUCCGCUGGUCCAAGUUUGAUCCGCAUGCAACCCAGUUUAUCAGAUUUGGUCAAUUGUCGGACUUUAUCGCCAGUCUGGACCCACCUCUGGGAAUUCCUAAGCCGAACAUAGUAGCUCUGGUGAGUUUCAACCUGCCCAUUGCGCGCGGCAACAAGAUCCACUGCCUCGACAUCCUGCAUGCGCUCGUCAAACAUGUAUUGGGCCACGUAGAGGAGACAGAGGAGUUCAAAAAGCUGCAAGACCAGAUGGACAUCAAGUUUAAAAAGCAGUUUCCUACCAGGAAAGAGCUUGAGAUUGUAUCGUCAACGAGGAUGUGGAAACGUCAAGACAAGGCUGCGAGAACGAUACAAAGAUGCUUCAGGGAGUACAAAAAACGGAAGAAGGACCUGGACCAACAGGACGUGGAGGAUGAGAACACUCACAACUCGAGUCCUGGCGGUUGGCAAGGACGACUCUCUGCAUUUCUUCAUGUGCACCGUGGGUCACGUGCAUCAUCACGCAAGUCAUCUCGUGCUAGUGAUGCCAGUGACAUCUCAGAACUUGGCACCAUGUGGUUGAACCUGCCACUGUUACUGCUUACCGGAACACAAGCUAAUGGCGAAGAAGAAGGAGAUGACAUCCCAGCAAGGAAUGACGUAUGUAUAAUGGUGAGCGAACCUUCACCUGAGGCACCCCCAACUCUUCCACAACAUUGCACUCUUGAUCUUCCAGACACAGGGGUGUCCAUCACCGUGACAGAGCCGUCCCCGGAGAGCCCUGCCCCUGCCUUGCCUGUUCCCUCCCCUCCACCACCACCACCUCCACCCCCACCACUUCCCGCCCACCUACGGCGUGCUGCCUUCCGUCGCAUGAGCGAAGCGACAAUUGUCCACGCUGCCCUGGUCCACAGGGAGUCAGAGGAGUAUGAACUCGAUGGCGAUGGAACCAGCUGAUCCAGACCGUAGUUUGUCUGAGCACUUCAGUAGCUUUUGUCUUUGCCUUUGUCUCUAUUGCCCUGUGAAAUGAUCUGCCUAUCAAUAUUAGUAUUUUCGUAAAGUUUUUCAAGUAUGCUUACAAGAUAUGUUUUGAAAGUUAAAGAUAAAUGAAAUUGGGAAGUAAUUUUUUUAUGGCAAAGCAUUUUUUGUAUGUACAGAAUGUAAAUAGAAGAACAGACUUAAAACUGCUUCUCAGUGAAUUCCUUAGGAAUUAAAUCAAAAUUUGAUGUUACCAUAAGUGUGCAUUAUUACUAGAGGAUGCAAAACUUUAUCUACCAAUGUAAACCAAAUAUUAUCAACUACUUUCAGAAAUCCUUGAAUCCUUCCUCUGUAUUACUCUUCUUUUAGAAAUUGUAUUGUGAACUUAUCAUCAUUAUUUAGUAAUGUAACAGAGUUGAGAUUUAAACAUUUUUAAAUAUGCUUCCAGUUUUUAUUUAGAAUAUAAUAAUAUUUUAACAAUUUAUAUAAUUGUUUCACAUUAUUUGUUUUGUUAUCUACUGAAAUCUGCUGAUAAAACACAUUUUAUUACAUCUUUGGAAGUAUGGUCAACUGGAUACCAAAAAGUAAAGAUCUUUUAUAAUUUAUUUUUUAAAGUUAAUUUUUACAAAUUUUUAUCAAACAUAACUUUAUUUUUAAAACUUAUUAUUCUAAUAAAAGUUAA